AUGUCUUGCUACAACGAGCCUCUCAGACCCUCCGGGGUGAGCUGCCCUCAGCCAAUUGCCGAGAGCCACAACGAGCCCUGUGUGCAGCAAUGCCCCGACUCCACAGCUCUCAUCUUCCCCCCACCAGCUGUGGUGACAUUCCCUGGCACCAUCCUCAGCUCUUUUCCUCAGGAGAGCAUUGUGGGAUCAUCAGGCCCAGCCUCGCUGGGGAAUUCGUCUGGGGGCUAUGGGGGCUCCUCUGGCUAUAGGGGCUUCAGGGGCUAUGGGAACUCCUCAGGUUUGGGAGGCUAUGGGGGCUCCCUGGGGCUGGGGGGCUCCUCUGGCUAUGGAAGCUCCUUUGGUUAUGGAGAUGGCUAUGAGGGCUCCCUGGGUUAUGGUGGCCAACAGGGGCUUGGUGGCUUUGGCAGUUGUGGGAGGUCUUACAACUCUGGCUUCUCCUCCUAUGGCACGGGGUAUUUCCUCCCUGGUGUCCAGAGGUGGAGCAGGUCCCGCCGUGGGAGCUGUGGGGCUUUCUAA